AUGUCUUCAGCCGCCGUUGUGCACCAUGACGAUCUCAUGGAGCCCACGCUCCAGUCCAUCAUCAACCAAAAGACUCUCCGGUGGAUCUUCGUUGGCGGUAAAGGAGGUGUCGGAAAGACGACCACAUCAUGCUCGCUCGCCAUCCAGCUCGCCAAAGCUCGCAAGUCCGUCCUGCUCAUCUCGACCGAUCCCGCACACAACCUGAGCGAUGCGUUCGGGCAGAAGUUUGGAAAGGAGGCGCGACUGGUCGACGGAUACUCCAAUCUCAGUGCGAUGGAAAUCGAUCCCAAUGGCAGCAUUCAGGAUCUCCUUGCCAGCGGAGAGGCGCAGGGUGAGGACCCCAUGGCGGGGCUGGGAAUGGGUAACAUGAUGCAGGAUCUUGCCUUCAGCAUCCCCGGUGUCGACGAAGCCAUGUCCUUUGCCGAAGUCUUGAAGCAGGUCAAGUCCCUGUCGUACGAGGUCAUCGUCUUUGACACUGCGCCAACCGGUCACACCCUCCGUUUCCUCCAGUUCCCGACUGUGCUUGAGAAGGCUCUUGCGAAGCUGUCCCAACUGUCCUCUCAGUUCGGCCCGAUGCUGAACUCGAUCCUUGGUGCUCGUGGUGGCCUGCCUGGUGGACAGAACAUCGACGAGCUUCUCCAGAAGAUGGAGUCCCUGCGGGAAACCAUCAGCGAGGUCAACACGCAAUUCAAGAACCCCGACAUGACCACCUUUGUGUGUGUCUGCAUUGCUGAAUUCUUGUCGCUGUACGAAACCGAACGUAUGAUCCAGGAGCUUACCAGCUACAGUAUCGAUACGCACGCCAUCGUCGUCAACCAGCUGUUGUUCCCCAAGAAAGGAAGCGAAUGCGAGCAAUGCAAUGCUCGCAGAAAGAUGCAGCAGAAGUACCUCGAGCAGAUCGAGGAGCUCUACGAAGACUUCAACGUCGUUCGGAUGCCGUUGCUGGUUGAAGAAGUCAGAGGAAAGGAGAAGCUUGAAAAAUUCAGCGAGAUGCUCGUACACCCCUACGUUCCUCCGCAAUAA